AUGACGGACAACAGCAUCGACAUGAGGACGUGGCAGUUCGCCUCGCCAGGCCCGGUCACCUCAGUUCUGGCCCUCACCACCGCGGCGCGGCCCUCAGACGCAGACCUCGCCGCGUCGCCGCCCGGGUCCAUCCUCGUGCAGGUCCUCGCCGCGGGGCUCAACCCGGCCGACUACAAGGUCGCCGAGGCGGGCAUGCUCGCGCGCCUCCUCGCCCCGUUCCCCAAGACGCCCGGCAUGGACCUCUGCGCGCGCGUCGUCGCCGUGCACCCCGGUGACAGCAGCAGCGGCGGCGACGUCAAGCCCGGCGACGCCGUCCUGGGCCGCCUCGACCCCACGAAGCGCGCCGGCUCGCUCGCCGAGUACGCCAUCCUCAAGCCCGACGAGUGGGCCAAGCUGCCCGAGCAGGCGGCCAAGGACCCCGACACGCUGCGCGCCGCGGCCGGCGCCCCGACGACGGCCCUCACCGCGUACCAGACCAUCCACCCGUACGUCAAGCCCGGGGCCCGCGUCUUCAUCAACGGCGGCUCCGGCGGCACGGGCACGUUCGGCAUCCAGAUCGCCAAGCUGCUCGGCUGCAGCGUCACGGUGACGUGCUCGACGGCCAAGGCCGAGCUGUGCACCUCGCUCGGCGCCGACGCCCUCAUCGACUACACCAAGACGGACGUCAAGGCGGAGCUCGCGCGCCUGGGCCCCGUCUUCGACCUCGCCGUCGACAACGUGGGCGUCUCGCCGCCGUACCUGCACGCGGCGUCGGCGUCCUUCCUCAAGCCCGCCGCGCCGUACGUCUUCGUCGGCGGCGAGGUCUCGCUCGCCAGCACCGCCAACAUGGCCAACGCGCUGCUGCGCCCGGCGUUCCUCGGCGGCGGCAAGAACAGGGUGGUGCCGUACCUGACGCGCAACAGCCACGAGGACCUCGCGCAGAUUGCGGGGUGGAUCGGUGAGGGCAAGCUCAGGACGGUGGUGGACACGGAGUUCAAGUUUGAGGACGUGCCCAAGGCGUACGAGCGCGUGAAGAAGGGAUCUAGCGCCGGCAAGGUCAUCGUGCUGGUUCACGAUGCGUAA